GAGUGCCCCACACACACACACACACACACACACACAGCCAGCCUCUCACAGGAGAGCUUCACCAGCGGACUGUGUUUGGAGUAGAACGGGACUUUCACUUCAGUUUGCUGAACAGGAUCUUUGGAGGGCAGGAUGGAAAACACGUGUGAGGUGUGGAAACGGUGAGGAAACACAGUGAACCAGCACAGUAGAGACUGCGGCUGAUGCCUCGAAACACACUGACCCUCGACCCUGCGAUGCCCACCGAGCUGGUGAAAGACACCAUGACGAUCCCCGGAGCUCCCGAGCGAAUCCUGCAAGAGAAAACCAACAACAACGAGCCUCCACAACCGCAGCUGCUGGCCGUCACCAUUCCCCUGGUCAACGAGGAGCAGCUGACGGCGGCCACCGGCGGAGCUGAGCUGUCCUGCUACCGCUGCACCGUGCCGUUCGGCGUGGUGGUCCUGAUCGCGGGGAUCGUAGUGACGGCCGUCGCGUACAGCUUCAACUCGCAUGGCUCCACCAUAUCAUACUUCGGACUGGUGCUGCUCUCGGCCGGGCUGGUGCUGCUUGUGCUGAGCGCUGUUUGCUGGAAGGUGCGGAUGGAGAGAAAGAAAGAGAGGAGACGAGAGAGUCAGACAGCACUGAUGGCCCAUCAGAGGAGCAUCUUCGCCUGAUUCGACACAAGCACCAAAUCUUCACGAUGAACAAGUCAAUGCAUCACGUUUGGGACGACGCCCAGAUGUUUUGCUAUAGAUUGUAAAAAAAAAAAGAUGGACGACUCAUCUCUGCUUCCUUUCAACUGAAGCCAAAAUGUUCCCGCUGUCAUCUUGCACCGCCACACCCUAUUUGUAUAGCAUCAAAUAACUAACCAAAAUAAACUUUUUAGAAAAAUGAACACUUGAACAUACAUCAGAGUGAUAAGAACUACCUAAAAAGAUGGGAACUGUCUUUGGGAAAAAUUUUUUAGAAGUGUAAUUAGGUUUUUUUCCCCACAACCCAUUGGUUUACAUGGAGAGGGCGUGGUUUAUGACCUAUACUGCCACCAGGGGACGAUCGAGAAACAAAGAGAGAGGACGAGAGAGUCAGACGGCACUGAUGGCCCAUCAGAGAAGCAUCUUUGCUUGAUUCGAUAAGCACGAACUCAGAAACCUUCAUGAUGAACAAGUCAAAGCAUCACAUUUGGGACGACGUCCAGAUGUUUUGCAUCAGUUCAGACCGUAGACUGUAAAAAAGAUGGACGACGCGUCUCCGCUUCCUUCCACUGUAGAAAAGUGAAGCCAAAAUGUCCCGCUGUCAUCUUGCGCCGAUGACGUCAUUUGGAGCUCAAGUCUUCCACGAACAGCUCUGGGAAUGAGCGUUCGGGACAGUUAACCGAGACAGACUCGCAGCUGCAUGCGUCCAGAUGUUCAGAUACAGCUGCACUGCAACAAAAUCAUCUGCUUAAAACAGCUCUCAUGUCCUAGUGUUUACUUGCUCAAGCAUCACUGUUGCUACUUCUCAAACAUGGGGUUAGAGGUUUGUUUAGAUCGCUUACACUACAGUGUGUAACGCGUCAUGCAACCAACCUGGCAACACAGAAAAACACUCAAAACAGAACAAAGCAGUGUCAUGGCAACCACCCAGAAUGCACUUAUGCCCGG